AUGGAAAAGGUAAUUAGUAUGAGAGAAAUAAUUACAAAUACAAGAAAAAUAAAAUUACAUGAAAAUUUUUUAGAAGAUUGUAAUCUAAAAGAUAUAUUUUAUAACGGACUAGAAGCAGUAAAUUGCGCAUAUAAUGAUUACGUAAAUAUAAAGACAUGGCUUUUUGUCAUAUCUGAAAAAUUAUUUUCAAAUGAUUAUGAAGAAUUAGCAUAUGUUGCUUGUGAUGCAUUAAAAGUUUUAUUAUGUAAUAAUAGAUUUUUAAAUGUAAUUAUUUUUAAAUUGUUAAAAAAAAAUUUAGAAAAAGAUGUUUUAAAAAUAAUGGGAAUAUGUUGUUUAACAGUUGCUUCUAGAAUGCAACAAAUAAAUGAAACAACAUGUUUUAAGGAAAUUUUAGAAAUGUCAAAUUUAAAAAAUAAAAUAAAUGAAUUUAAUAUAAGACAGAUAGAAAUAGAUGUUUUUGUUUCAUUGGCUCACUCAGGUUUUUGUUUUGAAAAAAUUGUAACACCAGUUAAUGAAUUAAAUAAAAUUAUGAAUUUCUUAGAAAGUUACAAAAAUUUAUUUGAAAACAAUUUUCAUUUAUUUAAAUCUUCAAGUAAUUUAAUGCUCAGAAUUAUUUAUUGUAUGGUUCCAGUAUUCAAUAUGAAUAUAUAUAAUUAUUCUAUUGUCAAUUAUGUUUUAAGAUUAUUUAUUAAAGAUAAUGAAAUAUAUAAAUAUAUUUUUGAAAAUUUAAAAAAAAAUUAUUAUGAUAAAGAAAUUAUUGAUAUAUCAAAUUUUCAAAACCAUAUGAUUAAUAUUAUUAACGCUUUCAAAAAUACCUCCAUUUUUUCUGCAAAGGAUUCAAUCUUAAAUAAACCAGACACUAUUGAAUUAUUUGAAGAAAUCAAUAAAAGAAUAGAAUGUCAAUGGAAAAAUAGUUAA